AUGGGCUACACCACCUACGGCUACGGCACCGUCGGUCUCUCCAUCUUGACCGUCUACGGUCUCUACCUGCUCCUCACUGGACAGGGAUCCCGCUUCGACUUUGGAAAGUUCCUCCAUGAGACGUCUCCGUACGCCUGGGCGCUUGUUGGUAUUGCGCUCUGUGUCGGUUUCUCGGUCAUCGGCGCGGGAUGGUGA